AAUUCAUGUGAGUGGGUUCCAAGAGGGGAAAAAAGUUAUCAUUAUUGUACAAUGGAAACACAAAUCCGAUGCUUACUGCUUUUGUAUGCUUGAGUCCCCAAACCAGCGGAGUAGGUGUAGGAUUAGGAACAUGGUUCCCCCAGUGCAGAUGGUCACCAUGCCCAGCGAUGAAAGCUUGCACAUCGUCCUCUUCCCAUUCCCGGGGCAGGGCCACUUCGCCGCCUUCCUCUCCCUCGCCGGCCACCUGCACCGCGCACGGUCCUCAGCAACCAUCACGCUCGUCUCCACCCCGUGCAACGUGGAUGCCCUCCGCGCUAGCUCCUCGGCGGCAGCGGCGCCGUUCCUCCAGUUCCACGCGCUGCCCUUCGUACCGGAGGAACACGGCCUGCCCGCGGGUGCCGAGUCCACCGACGCUGUCCACAUCCACCACUUCCUCGCGCUCUUCGAGGCCACCGAGUCGCCAGCGCUCCGUGCCGCCUUCGAUGGCUUCGUGGCCGGUGCUGCCUGCGCGGGCGCGGACGGCGCGCAGGUCUGCAUUGUCGUCGUCGCCGACCCCUUCCUGGCGUGGACUACCGUCGUCGCGCGCCGGCGCGGUGCCAGGCACGCAUUCUUCGACUCCUGCGGCGCGUUCGGCAGCGUGGUGUACCACUCUCUGUGGAAUCACCUGCCGCACCUGCGCACGGGCGGUGAUGCGUUCUGCCUGCCGGACCACCCGGAGGUCACCGUACACCGCUCGCAGCUCCCGAGGUUCCUUCUCGCCGCCGACGGCACAGACCGGUGGUCGGCCUUCCAUCGCCGGCAGAUAUCACUCGGGUACGACACCGACGCCUUGCUUGUGAAUACUACGGAGGAGUUCGAGCCGGCCGGGCUGCGGAUGCUCCGGCGAACCAUCGACGUGCCGGUCUGGCCCAUCGGCCCGCUAGUGCGCCUCCCCGCUCAGCGCUCCAACAACCCUGACCGCGACUGUGACAGAAUCAUGCGGUGGCUGGACGGCCACGAGGCAAGGUCAGUGCUGUACAUCUCGUUCGGGUCCCAGAACAGCGUACGGCUAGAGCAAAUGAUGGAACUUGCCGCGGCACUGGAGUUCACAGGCCGACCUUUCAUCUGGGCCAUCCGGCCACCCGUGGGGUUCGACAACCACAACGCUGGCGCGUUCAGAGCGGACAGGUGGCUUCCGGAAGGAUUCGAGGCGAGGGUGCGUGCGAACGACACGGGCCUCCUGGUCCACGGAUGGGCGCCGCAGCUGAGCAUCCUAGCGCACGCGUCGACCGGCGCGUUCCUGAGCCACUGCGGGUGGAACUCGGUGCUAGAGAGCGUGAAACAAGGCGUGCCCAUCAUCGGGUGGCCACUGCAGGCAGACCAAUUCUUCAACUGCAAGAUGCUGGGGGAGUGGGGCGCGUGCGUGGAGGUGGCGAGGGGGAACGACGAGGGCUCGUCGGUUGUGGAGCGGGCGACGCUGGCGGAGGCCGUGGAGACGGUGAUGGGGGGCGCUGCCAAGGGGAGCGAGGUGCGGCGGCGCAUGAAGGAGAUUCAGGAGCUGGUAACCGGAGCACAGAGCGAGUGUGGUGGUUCGUCCGUGGAAGCAUCGGAGGAAUUCUUCGCCUCGAUGCUGCAUGGUACUGCUGCUGGAAAUGAGUGCUGAUGCCGGCGGUGUGCUUCGUGUUGUCUUGUUUUACGCAUAUGUUAAAUUUUGAUUAUAAAUUACUUUUUAUGUAUUAAAUUUAGAUAUUUAAAAUAAUAUGAAUAUAUUUGUUUUGAAAA